AUGUUAUCUCAAACCCUUCUCAUCUCCGCCCUCUUCGGCGUCUCGUACGCAUCUGUUGCUUUCCCCCGUGGUCAAUGCGGCGAGACGGCUCAAAAGGUUUGCUUCGGCCAGAACGGCGGCGAGUCCCAGCACGUCGACCUCGAGGACGUCAAGUACGUCGCCGACGUCCUCCGCUACAUCUCCGACAACAACCAGGGCGCGGCCAAGUUCUGGAACAUGCUCAAGGCCAUCGGCGACUGCGCCGAGUGGUCGCUCCCCGUGACGGACGCGGGCACCGUGCUGGCGCUCGCCAAGCACAUCAGCCCGCGCACCAACUCGUCCAUCCUGUACGAGGAUCUCGCGCGGGCGAUCGACGGCGGUGCGUCCGCGACGCCGGAGGAGGCCAAGAAUAGUCUCUACGGCUGCGGCACGAAUGGUGGUAUGAUGGGCGUGACGGCGAACUUGAGCAACCCGCUGUACAACACGCCCGAGUACAAGAACAGUGGCGCGAAGCCGGAGGGAAUCAUCAUCAAGAUUGUCAGAGCUCCGGCGAAGAAAUAG